AUAUAGGCCUAUAUAAUUGCUUUACUCUUUGUUCUUUAAAGAGGAUGAUUUUCAUCGAUUCUUUCAUCGUUUACAAUUACUAAAAUAUUUUUUUCUGUGUUAUUACGUCGAGAAAACAUGAAGAAAAUCGUAAUAUCCAUUCUUCUGGUGUAUGUUAGUUGCACUUUGGCUAAUUCCUUUGUGAAAAGAUCACUUUUCGAAAUAUGCGCAUUAUCUAGAGAUCAGUUGUCCGAGUUUACCGAUUGCCUGGAUGAUUCAUUGAAAGACGAAAACAGAGACAUUGCAUAUGAUUUUAUGGAAUGCCUCGGUUACUCUUCCAUCUUCGAUUAUUUAGAAGCCUCCUGCACGAUUGAUAACGCAGAUGCCGCUGAAGAUAUGCGCAUAAAAGUCCCGUCUUGUGCUAAGAAAUACGGAGAUCGUUUAAAUACUGUUAUAAAGAAAGAAGACGAACGUAAUUGCCUGGAGAGAGCCGGAAAAAUGGAAUAAACAAGGACUUUUACAAUUUCUACCAAAGAAGAUUUUUCGACAUUGGAAUGUUACGUUGCACGGAAAAUAGAUUCGUCGAAAAUUUUAAAAUACAUUUUUAAAAAAUUGUUGACUUUUUAAAAAGUCUCUUGUAAUUCAAUUUUCAAUUAAAAUGUUUUUUGCG